UGGCUAGACCAGCACACAUCUGAGGAACAUGGACAUGUAAUUCAGAGCCAGACAUCAUCUCAUCAUGGAGAGGAGAGAAAAGCUGUCUCAGCCCCUCACAAAUCCGAUGGACAUGUUCAUGAGACUCAUGGCCAUAAAACAGCAACAGAUGAGCAGGGGCACGGUAAUACUCAGAAAGCAGGUAUCUAUUCAGUUUGUGUUCUUGGCUUCAGUGGUUUCUUUAUUUUACUGUGCAUGCUUACCAGAAACAGCAAAUGUGGAUGUGAAUGUUUGCUGCCUAUAUUAAUGAACAUUAUUGCAUUAGUCUCCCAGAUGCAUGAGAGGCUCGCACAAGGCCACAAAACAACAGCCUCACAUGGACAUGGAGAGGAGGGGCAUGGACACAAUAAAGUAGAGAGGACAGAUCCCCUCAAGCCCAGUGGACACGUACAUGAUGCUCAUGGUCACAUACCAGCAACCCCACAUGAGCAUGGAGAAGAGGGGCAUACACACACAAACACUGAAAGGACAGAUCCUCAUGAGUCUCAGCCUGUUGUCCAUCAUGGCCACAAGUCGACUACCUCACACGGACAUGGAGCGAUGGAGCACACACACACAAAAGUUGAAAGUACAGAUGCUCAUGUGCCUCACACCUAUGUACAUCACAGUCAGAACCCCCCAGCCUCACACGGGCACGGAAAGACAGAGCACUCCCACAGACAAGUUGAAGCGAUUGAAACGACAGAUCCUACGGCAUCUCAUGGGCAUGGACAUGAGACGCAAGGUCACAAAUCAGCAGCCUCACAUGGACACGGACAUGAGAUGGACACACACAGAAAAGUUGAAGUGACAGGCCAUGACAAGUCCCACGGACAUGAGACUCAUGGUCACAGUUCAACAACCUCACAUGGACACGGAGAGGAGGAGCACACACCCAGAAAUGUUGAAAUGCCAGAUGGACAUGGACAUGAGACUCAAGGCCACAAAUCAGAGCAUGGAGAGGCACGGCAUAGCCCAGGUACAACUCGGCUGUGAAUUUAUAUUCUACAUAGAGUACAGCAUAGCAUAGCAUAGAAUAGUUCCUCAUUAGUUACAUUUGGAAUCUCCUAAUAAUAAUUUUAAAAAAUGUUGUUUCUGGUUGUGAAGACCCUCAUAAGUCUGAAGAACAUGGCCACAAAUCCACAUCAUUUGAACAUCAGCUGGAAAGUGGAGGGC